AUGCCCGCCAAGAAGAACACCAAUGGCGAUGCCACCGGCUCCGAUGGCAGUGUCGUCACCCUCACCGAGGCUGAGAUCAAGCUAAUGAGCGUUGUUCUCAAGCUCUCCGGCCCUGGCAGCAAGCCCAACCCAAACUGGGAUACUGUCGCCACCGAGAUGGGUCUCAAGGACAACAAAAGUAGCCGAGAGCGGUUCCGCCAGGUCUGCAAGAAGCAAGGCUGGUUCGAGGCGGAGGAGGCUCCUGGAACUCCUUCCAACCGCUCCGCUAAGAGAAAGGCAUCUGCCGACUACAGUCAGGGAGACCGCGAGGCUGAAGCAACCCCGGUUCGAAAGAGAAAGGUGAACGUCGAGAAGGCUGUCGCCGCUGCCAUCGACGACGCUCUGGCCGAGGAUGCAGAGCUCAAGAAGGAGGAGCAUGUGGAGGACGACAUGACGGGUGGUGAAAUCUAA